AUGUUAAGUUUAAAUCAACAUAAGGUCGAAAUGUUAGUUGACGAAGGAUAUAGUGUAUUUGUUACAGGAAAAGGUGGUAGUGGAAAGUCAUUUUUCCUUCGUAAUAUAAUUGAGAAGCUUCGGCGAAGUGGCGAUCAUUGUUUUGUUACAGCGCCUACUGGGAUUGCGGCCACAAAUAUCGGUGGAUCGACGGUUCAUUCCUUCGCUGGGAUCGGAACUGGUUCAAAGUCAGCUCACGAACUAAUCGCCACAAUAAAGGCAAACGAAGAAGUGCUUGCGAGAUGGGAACAGUGCAAAGUACUGGUCAUUGACGAAGUGUCCAUGUUGAGUCGAGAGCUGUUCGAGAAACUCGAAAUGAUAGCUAGAUGCUUGAAGAGAAAUGCGAAACCAUUUGGCGGAAUUCAGUUGAUUCUCUCGGGAGAUUUCUACCAGCUAAGACCAGUCAUACAGAGGGAUGCAAGUGAUAAAGAAGUUUACUGCUUUGCUAGUCCUAUGUGGAAUUGUUGUGUGGAUAUUUCGGUAUUCUUUGAUGAAAACUAUAGACAGCAUGAACCUGAAUUAAUACACCUUCUGGAAGAGUUUCGUAUGUGCGGGUUAUCACAACGUUCUCAUCAAUUUAUAGAAGAAUCUCUUACACGACCAUUAGACUGUAAUCCUUUAGAUGUUGUCCGAUUGUAUUCGCACAGGGACAAUGUUUCGCAAGCAAAUGAUGAAUGCCUGGCACUCCUAGCAGGUGAGCCACACCACUAUUGCUCAGAUGAUUCUGGGAAUGUCAAUUCACUAAAAAAGUGUUCUGCACCAAAGAAUUUGGCAGUUAAACUGAAUGCUAGGGUAGUUCUAUUGAAGAACUUGAGCAUCGGAUUGGUUAAUGGGUUACGUGGUACUAUCCAUUCAUUUGUAGAUGGUUUUCCAUUUGUUGUGUUUGACAAUGGCAGUCGUAAGUUAAUUAGAGAAGAACUUUUCACUGUUGAAGAUGAGUGUACUGUUGUGGCAACUAGGAAACAAAUACCAUUGGACCUUGCUUAUGCAAUGACCAUCCACAAGAGUCAGGGUAUGGCAUUUCCACUCCUAGAUGUAGAUUUGUCUACAGUGUUUGAAGCUGGACAAGCUUAUGUUGCUGUUUCCCGAGCGACAACUAUUCAUGGUCUGAAGAUCUCUUCAUACAGAGAGAGAAUGCCACAGGUUUCUCAACUCGUCAUUGACUUCUAUGCCAAUGGUGUGGUUAUGGCCAGUGACCUGAAUGUGGAUGAAAUUGUGCAUUCAGAGAAGAAGCGUGACAUAACAACCCUCUCUUUAGUCAGCAUUGAUAAAUGCAUAUCGGUUUCUAGCACUGCAAAAGAGCCUAAGCCAUUUGUGGUCACGGAACAGUUUUUGUCACAUAAGCUACCUCAAGGUGUGAUGGACAAUGUCCACAAGCUGGUAAAGAAAGAAUCGGAGAUCAGCGAUGACGUUUCAAGUGUGUUGAAAAAGCUGAACUUGAAAGAAAACGAGCAACAUGAGUUGUAUUCUGACUCAGAGAUGUGUUUGGAGGAUUAUUGCACCUGGCUGUGGCAAAGUUAUGAGCAGAUCCACUCUACUGACAAAAGUGGAACAUUAAUUGACAGAAAAAAAUUUUCUGGUGUUACAAAGCAGCUUCAUAGUCUGUACAGAUCUUCACAGUUACUCCAGAAGUGGAAAGAUUGUUCAAAGUCAGAUGUAGACAUUGGAAUUGGUGGAAAGGAUCGGAAAGCUGCAAUAGUGUAUGCUAGAGCUCUGUAUGCAGAAUUUGUUAAGCAACAAGCUGCCAACACACGAAAUGACUAUUUCAAUGACCCCAUGCAGUUUGAGGAAGGCCCAGUCCAAUCCACUACAAAGGAAGCAAGUGGCAAAGUCAGAGAUAUUAGUGGUUGGGUCAUACAUGAAGAAAUAAAGUCUUGCAUUUCAUAUGUCAGUCAGCAUAAGUGUUCGAAGUCCCAAAAAGUUGUCAAAGAAGUUGCACACAAACGAAAAAUGAAGGCAAUGCUCGACCAAAUGAAAGGGUGUAAAGAUGAUGUGUUGGAAAAGUCGAACUAUCCCGAAUCACUGGAGCAUAUUGCUCUAUAUGAUAAGGGUGGCAAAACAUAUGUGCCCGAUGUGGUAUUUGAAUUCUUUAUGGAUGUUUCAUCAGUUGCAUCUGAACUUCUUUCAAACAAAAACAUUCAUGCUUUCAAGCAAGAUGCUUUGUCUGUGGUUUACACCAAAAUAAAGAGUAACGUUGAACUGCAAGAAAGCUUCCUGCGCCUUACCGAUAAUGAUGUCGAAGGCAAAUCGUGUGAUGGAAAUCAAAAUGAUGAUGAAGAAACUGUCUUAAAUGACAUUGCAUGUGAGGACAUUAUUGAAGAUGACAUGACAAAUGAGUUGCUUUUACCUGUUUCCGAUGAUGACUUAGAGUGGAUGGAUCUUGGGGAACCUUCUGACUGUCCAGAGGUGCAUGAGAGUGAUGGAGAAGAUUCAACUCCAAAUGAAGUCGCUGGCAAACUGGAUAAUAAUCAACCCAUAAUUUCAGGUAGGACAACAGAUUUUCUUGUCAUAUUAUUUUUUGUUAGGUUAUCAAACUGGAAAUUCAUUUGACUUGAAGGCAAAUGAAAUUACAUGUAAUGUGAUUAAAGGUUUGUGAAAGUCCCUUGUGUCUUACUUUGCUCUUGUAUGCGACUUCAACAAACCUCAUCUUGCAUGGAGAUGUGCUGUACCUGUAAUCACUGAUUGAUCUCAUAUUUAUCUUAUAACCAGAAUAAGCCUGUUCAGAGGUUUGGUUUGCAAUGGCUUUGGCAAAAUUUAUACAAAAUUUAACAUAUGGAAAUUAUGUUUUAGAGAUUUAUUUCACAUGCAACAACUAACAUAAAUUUUUAAUAUUUUCAUCAUAUAUUACUCAACCACAGAAAGUUGGUCAUUUUCAAAUUUUUUUCAAUACUGAGCAGAAUCAAUCAGGAAUAUUGUCUGAAACAUGUAUACAUAUAGGUGUACGGGACUGGGGGGCAGCUACCCCCCCCCCCCAAAAAAAAAAAAAGAUUACAAAGUCGAAAAGUCGGGCAAAUGUUCAACAAAAGUCGGGCAAAAGUCGGGCAAAAAGUAGUCAAAGCAAUAAAAUCUCUCUUAAUAAUAACCCCAGUUUGUUGGGCAAACAAAGCCAGUUGGGCAAUAUUCGCUUCACAGUCGGGCAAUUAAUAUUGGGUUAUUAUAAAAAUAAAUGGGACAAAUUCUGCCAAUUUUGCGGGAAAUUAUGUAAAUUUUGUGAUGUUUGGGAAAAUUUGUUCGAUGUUCCGGAAAAUUUUGGUAUGUCCGGAAAAAUUUUUGGACCCCUAAAAUGGUACACUGAGCGAAAUUUUUAUUGGGGGGGGGGGGGUCGCCAAAAUUUAUUGUUCCGGAAAAAAAAUUUCGGCACUGGUCGGGCACAAUCUGAAAAAGUCGGGCAAAUUUCUUUCCGCCCCCCUAAUUUUUGCCUUCCCGUACGCCAAUGUGUAUACAUGCCUGUAUAACAUGGCAACCUCAGACAUUCGUGUUAUAUUUUGUUAAGGGAAUGAGGCAAGCAGCGAUAUGGUCUUCCAUGAUAAAGCUACAGCUGAUCUGUUCAAUCGAAUGAUACGGAGGUUUUGCAACAUGAUGGCAUCUGAAACGAUCAGAAAAUUUAAACGAAAUCACCAGCUGAAAAAAAGUAGUGCUUUGCGGCAAGGUCUUCAAGCAAGGGGAGCAACAAGGAAGAAGAAACAGUCGCAAGGAAUUCUAACAAUCCCAGUGAUAAUUACAGACCCAGUUCCAAAGUCGGCUACUCACUUUUCCCUGAAAGCUCUUGCCUAUAAGGGAGACACUGUCUUUGAGUGUUAUUCUCAUGUUGACAUGAACUUCAUCAUGAUGGGAUACAAUAUUCCACCUUCCCGUGAGAAUAAGAAGACCAAGUCAAAAAGAUUGGUGGAGACUUUGAAGAUUUCUGAAGUAAUGCCAAGUCCAGAAAAGUUAACCCAAACAUUGUAUAAUGAUAUGAAGACAUCGAGGAACACAUCCAAUCCAGUAAACACACAAGAAACAGAGCAAGGAGCAGAAAAUAUGGGACAUCCAACAACAUCUACAAACAAAGGUAUGGUACAAUGCAUUGCAUCCCAGUUUGUCUGGCAUCACAGAGUGAAAAAUAGAGAACAUUGCUGCCCACUGGGUUAACAUGAUGCAUGGCAGAUUGUUUAGUAAACCCAUUGAGCUGUAGCAGAUAGAUAGAAAACUUUAUUUAGACACUGACCCCGUCACCCAAAGUGUAUUAUUUAAAGGCUAUUUACAAAAUAUGAGCUAGUUUAAAAUAACUUGUUAGCAUUAAUGUCUGCAAUCAACUACAUGUAGUAGAAAUCUAUUUACAGGUUUAUCUAGUAUUUACAUAUAAAAUCAAUGUGAGUAGUGAUUUUAUUUAGAAAAGAAGAAGGGGACAACUCCCUUAUUUUGUUUGGAAUAGAGUUCCAAAGAUAUGCACCAUCAGACAUUCGACACUCCAGUCUAGUGUCUUCAUCAGGAGUGAUCUGAAUGUUGAAAUGAGUUCCCUUUUACGCAACAUACUCUGAUGUCAUCGAUGACAUCAUCUGAGAAUCCCAGGUAUAAUUACAGGAUUUCACAGUACUGUAUGUCUCAUAAAAGGGAACUCCUUUCAACAUUCAGAUCACCCCUGAUGAAGACACUAGACUGGAGUGUCAAAAAGUUGGGUCGUGAACUGUAACUUUUUAAAAUUAUAUUCAUAUGACUGACUACUUGAAAUUUUUCUAAGAGUAUGGUUUGUAAUCUCACCCUUAUAGACAGAGUUGAAGAAGCUACAAUUUAGCUUCAUAUGACUUUCAAUCAGCUAAUUCACUUACAGUUAUUUUUUUAUAAUUAUACUUUAAUUGAAGGUGGUAAAAUCAUUCUUAAAUUGUUUAUCAUGGAAUGAGAUACUGUAUAAUAUAAGAAAGCUAAUUAUUUCAUAUAUUUUAAAUAGGAACAUCAAGAAAAUGUUCAUAUUGUCAUGAGUGUGGCCAUCGUAAGAGUUACAAAGGGAAGAUUACCUGUCCUUCACUUGCUAGCAUUCAAAAUGCUAAAGAUUGA